ACUCCUAAAAAACCCCAAUUAGCAAUUUUGUUUCAAGUAAAAUGGCAUCUUCUUCCUCUACACUAUUGCCUCCUUUUAGGUCUAUUAGCUUGCCAUCUAGGGUUCAUCCCACUUCUCUUGAACUCGAAGCCGCUUUAAACCACCUAAAGUCCUGGCAAAUUUCCUCUGCUUCUGCUGAGACUCUUCAGCAUGGUUUGGUUGGCCUUGCAGAGAUGUACAACAGCCUUCAGGACUUCAUGCAGUCCUCCCAAAGCCAGCGAGCUCUCCUUCAAUACCAAAAUGGGAAGUUGGUAGAUGAGGCACUAAAUGAGUCUGUUGUAUUACUAGACUCGUGUGAUGCUGCCAGGGAUGCCCUGGUUACCAUGCAGCGGCAAAUGCAAAGCCUUCAAUCUGCUCUACGUAGAAGGCGAAGAGAUUCAAGUAUAGAAGCUGAAGUUGCUGCUUAUCUCAAUAUCAGGAAGAAGGUGAGAAAAGAAAUUUCCAUUCGCCUUGGAACAAUCAAGAAACUAGAAAGAAAAUUCAGUUGUUGUUUGACUACAACUUUAGAUGCAUCAGAACAUGAUGCGUCCAAUGUGGCAAGAGUACUGAGAGAAGCAAGCUCCAUCACCAUUUCUGUACUACGAUCUGUUCUUGUUUUCCUAUCCAUGCCAGGUGGGAAGAUGAGAACUAGUCCAUUGUCAUUAAUAUCGAAGCUGAUUCGUAUGAAGUCAUUGUCAUAUGAGAAAGGACAGGACAUGGUUAAUGAGGUCGGAAGUGUAGAUCUUGUCCUUUGCUCCCUCCUUGGACACUUGAAGACUAUUGAUCCCAAGGUUGAAUUGCAGAUGGUGCAAGGGAUGUUGGAGAACCUUGAUGUUAGAAUUGAAGACCUUGAAACUGGCUUAGAUUGCGUUUUCAAGUGCCUAAUCCAAAAUAGGGUCACUUUACUUAACAUCAUCACAAACUAGAAACAUUUUUGUAUCAG